GUCACGUUCCCACAAUGCACGCGCCCGUCAGCUCUAGCGCUGCUGUGUUUAGAGGGAAAGAAACAGCAGGCCCGAAAAACACACACAUUAUUGAACAAAAAAUAAAUUAUCCACUGCGAACAGUUUUUGAGAGUUCAUCGAGAUAUGGCUGGGAAUCGAAUUUUUUUUAAUAUCUGCACCCUUGUGAGAUGGAAGAUGGAAGAAUGCGUGUGAAAUGCAACUUUAGCGGGGAUCAAAAGUUUCUGAAGAAAGAAGUCAUGCAGAUUUGGAACAAUAGGACAGGAUAAAAGUCUGAACAUGCAAAAAAACAAUCUUCACUCCCAAGAAAAAUCACCGGUUGGAGCUUCUUGUCAGGUUCUUGCUUUUGUCUCUAAAACGGGUGCCCAGUCCUGUUUUUGGAGAUCUACCUUCCUGCAAAGUUCAGUUCCAACCCUGCUCCAACACACCUGUUUGUAAUUAUCAAGUGUGCCUGUUUACGAAUGAAGCUAAACUUUGCAGAUGUACAGUGACAUACUCCUUGAAAACCACCCAUAUAUGUGAGAAAAUGUUCCAUGGCAAAGACCAGCUAAAUGGCCACCUGCAAAACCACGACCCCAACAAGCAGGAACUACGGUGCGAGGAAUGCGGAAAGCAUUACAACACUCGUUUGGGUCUUAGACGCCACGUGGCCACGCAUGCCACCUCCGCCAGUGGUGACCUCACCUGUAAGGUCUGUCGUCAGGCGUUCGAGAGCAUGUCGGCGCUACUCGAGCACCUGAGUACGCACACCGGCCGGCCUCCUCCGGGGACUGUGGUACGAGAAAGGAAGCAUCAGUGUGAACGUUGCGGCCGGUGCUUCUUCACUCGCAAGGAUGUGAGGCGCCACGCAGUGGUGCACACUGGCAGACGGGACUUCCUGUGCCCACGUUGCGCCCAACGCUUUGGUCGUCGCGACCACCUCACUCGACACCUGAAGAAAAGUCACGCGCAAGAUUUGGAGACCCUUCCUCCGAUUCACAUUAAGGAGGAGCCCAGUCCCACUGUGUGCUCCGUCGGAUCUCCGAAAGAUCCCACAGAGGCGUUUUCCAUGGCCAUGUUCAACCCUCAAGGCCUUCCGAGCGCAUCUACCUCAGGGGUCAAUCAUCACCAUCACGCGAUGGUGUCUGGCCCCCUGUCCAGCCCGAUGGGUGUGGGCUGCUACCUUGAGCCAAACAAGCCUCCUCUGCAGCAGUACCAGCAGGCUCACAGAUAUCAGCCGAGUUCCACUACCUCAUAUCUGAAAGUGGAGAUGGAGAACUUCCUGGCCGAGCUCCAAUGCGGGCCGAUGCCACCACAGGCCGCCGUGGCAACAGCCGUCUCGCGGCCUGGCGACUUUCUCCCUGACAGUCUGGGAGGUCAGAGUGCCCAUUUCACCCUCAGGAACUCAGCGUUCACCUCAGCCGAGCCGCCUACCACCUCUGCCAACAUGGACCUCUCGCACCUGUUGGGCUUCCUGCCAUUCGGCCUGCCUCCCUACAGCACUCCCUUGGGAUACUCCACCACCACUGCGUCCCCAAGCCCUACCUCUCAGAUCUCUGGGCCGCUUACCUCAUUUCAGCCACAGUCACUGCAUGAGCCUCAGGCUUCAGGGCACUUAAACCAGCUCUCUGGUUUCUCUCCAACUCUACCUCGAUUCCAUCAGGCCUUCCAGCAAUGACGUCUCCCAAGUCCACUAUGACCUGCCAGUCAAACGCAACAAUUCUGUUGCAUCAUUGCCAAGUAGCUUAUAGGUAAUGAACUGGAGACGGUGAAGUUAGGUGGGUGCGAGGUCUUCAAAUGGAUCCUGUAGAAUUAGACAAAAGUAUCACUAGGAUAGAUGAAGUUUUGCUUUUAGAAUAGUUUGAACUUUGUGGUUUUUCCUAGAGGGUCUUCAGAGUGUUUUGUAGUGAUAAAUGAACUUAUAAAAGUCAU